AUGCCGAAAUCAAAAGGCAAACAGAACAAACCCGGUGAUGUGAAGAUGAACGCCAUUUCAUCAUCUGGGGCCAAAAAUGCAACGAACGAAACUGCACCAACUGUGAUCAGAGAAACUAGGUCCGGUAACGCAAAAAGGAAGGCAAUUUCAACCGUAGUCGGUAAUGAAGAACUAAAAUUAGACGGAAAUAAAUAA